AUGUCUUCUUUCAACUGCUUCAAGCCUUCCUCUAUUGGAAAUGUUCCUCAAAGACCUCUAGAGGCUACCUUUCAGACUUCUGAAAGUUCUGAUUCAGACAGUGUGGAUUAUGAUAAUUCGACGAUCAGAGAUCGUAUUUCUUCUGUUGAUGAUGCUUGUUCUGUGCAUAAUCGAUUUCUAAGUCUCAGGAAUGAAUCCCCGCGUCCUGAGCCAAAUGCCCUAGUUCGAACUCUGAAAACAGCCUCUCUUUCCAGUCGGAAUAAAGUGAAGUUUAAAAGUUCUAGUGGAUCCUAUCCUUCUCCAAUGCUCAGCUGCAUGAAAGGUCAUAGGAAAAAUGAAACCACAGAUAUUAAGCGGAAACUCAAGAUCAAACGAGGAUAUGACAUGAAAUAUGAUAGCUUUGAUCCUGCUGAUCUAUGCAAACAGGGUGGAUCUGCAAAUAGUGGUAGCUUAAGUUGCCUUGUUAGAAGUCAUUCAGACUCAACUUGUCUUGCGAUCAAAGCUGGAAAUACUCCAAAUGUCAAUCAGACGAAUGGAGAAUGCUAUGCAUUUGAUUCUGGAUCUGAUCUGCGGAGUGCAAACGGAUCAAAUUUUGGGUCUAUCUCACGGAGUUCAAUCUACUCACCCCUUUAUCCAAACCCUCCAACUUUUAGCUUUGGGUAUAUUCCACCGAAUUCUUUCCAGAAUUACGACAAUUUUUUUGGAACACCACAUAUGGCUGGCUAUGUGGGCAUGAUGACACCGUCAAGUUAUGGUACUCCUAAUAUGAGUUUAGGGGGGUCUGGAUACCAGGGCAUGACCUACCAUCAUCCGUCACCUCAGCUUAGUUCAUACCCCUUCAUGUUUCCAUGUCCCCAAGGCCCCUUUACACCAACGACGGAUUUAUAUCACCAACAGCAACGACCUUGUUCAAUUGAGAACUGUCCAAUCAAUGGAGGGCCGGUAUCUCAUGCCUCAUCAGGACCUCGUCAAAGUCUAGACAACUAUCACAUUUCUACCUCUCCCAUGCCUCCAAUGAUCUGUCCCCAAAAUUAUCACCGUCAAAACCACCAAACUCCCAUUCAACAGCCACUCAUGGAUGAAAGAGCGCCAUCGGCUCCUGUUCCAGCUAGAAGACAAUUCACAGGCCAAUCGAAUCACCACCAACACAAUUCGAUAUCUCCAAAUCCAGUUGGGGGUGCUCAAAGAAUGCGGUCACCACCUCCUCCCACGGCUUCUCAACUAAUUGCUCAUCCGAAUGCCGUCCAGAUGCCCUCUGGAGGGGGUACUGCUUUCAAGAAGUUAAAUAACUCUGGGGGUGGGGCUCCACCGCCAUACAACUCUGUUAUAGCUUCAAUGGGGGAUCAAGUUUAUUCCGUGAGUUUUUUUUCAUUUUACCUGGUACUUUUAUUAGUUGCUGUAUGCAAUAUAUUCCGUUUAGUUUAUAGUCAUGAAUAUAGCCAUUAUUAUUAUUAUCAAAGCUAUUCCUUUGUAAGCAGUCCUAUUAUCGCCCUUUCCCUCCGAAACACAGUCUUCUCCUAG